AUGGACCCCAUGACACCAACAACUGCUGCUGGUGGACAUGCCAGUGGUACCUCCCUUAACCUUCUAUUAGAAGGUAGCGCCAGUACUAUCACUACUAGUAACAACAACAACAAGAACAAGAACAGUAAGAAAAAAGACAACAAGAAACAACGGUCAGUUGUGUGGGGUAGCAUUCGAGAGAUUGAUACUACCGGUACUAAUGGCAACAGUAGUAGUAGUAGUACGUUACGCAGUAUCGCUGUGGACGUCAAUGAUCAUUCCGGUCACGAUGACACAGAAACCUGUACUAGUACUACCAGACGUCUCGAAAAAGACAGCGAAAUCACCCACGCCCUACAUGCUACCACAACUAGUACAGUUACUGCCAGUACUACCAGUCUCCUAGGACCAGAAGAAAACGAAGAAGAUGAUGAGGAAGAAGACCUGAUCACAACGGACUUGGAAGCUGGGGACACUAGCAUAGACCCAGAUACCCCAAUGGAUGCAGAUAAAGAAGAUAAUGAUAAAGAAGAAGAAGAAGACAAUGGAUCCUUGGGUAGUCUACAAAGCGAGGACCUGCUCUACACCAAUCUACAAGACUAUGUGGACGAAACCAGCGUCUGCGAAGACGAUCCCGUUGAUAUUGCCGAACAACGCGAACAACAGGUUCGAAGGAGUAUCCUCAUGGCAUCGGGGGCAGCUGGAGCAGCCGCUGCGGGAAGCUUGGGGAUGGCGGGAUUGGCCGGAGCUGUCGCGGGGGCCGGAGCCGCAGCACAAGUCGGGGUGGCCGUUGGGGUGGCGGCUGUGGCAACGACCGUGGCCGUGUCGGCGGGAGUGGCAGUGACUGUCACAACCUCAGCAGCAGAAAUUGUACCCAUCUCCAACUUUACACCCCCAGAAUGCUCGGCAGCUUCCGAAGAGAAGAUUGGGUAUGUGGAACUCGAUAUUAGAGCCAUACCACCCGAUGCCAUUGGAACAAGGAAGUGGGUCAUGGAAGAAAUGUUCAGAGACAUCUACAAUGAAAUCACGGGCAUGUGCCUAGAUCCCAUGGCCAGGGUCAUGCUUCAAGCAACACUCGUCAGCUGGGAUACGCAGUGGGGAGUCGUACUGAAUGAAACGUUUCCCGUCGAGGGCAGCAGUAACAACCAAGGGCAACAACAAGAUACUGACGCAGCAGCCGUCAACAGAAAUGCAAAGCAAAGAAUGCUGCAACAAUUUGAAUUUGACCUUACCCGAUUCUUCCCCCUGUUUGCCGCUUCCGUGGGGUACAAUCUGGAACCAGUCCUCCAAGGAGACGGCUCCACACCCAUUGAUGUUACGGUCACCAACUCUUAUGACACCGAUGUUAGGGUUGUAGCAGGAGCUACAAGAGCUGUCUUUCCUAAUGGGACCUUGGAUGAGACUAAUUCCAUUGUGCUACAGAUUGGGCCGCCCGAAAUUGAGAAUGCCAUGCAGGCUGUGCAACAGAAUGGUGGAAUUUUUACAGUGCCGUUUGUCAGUAAUGAUCUGUCGGAUAUUGAGGAAUGCAUGGAUGCCAGCAUUAAUGGGGAUGAGGCAGUGGCCCAGUCUGGAUUCUGUCAGCAAGUACUACAGGUCACUGCAGGAACAGACCCACAAACCAUUUUGGAUUGUGUGGCCAACCCCACAUCUUCUUUGGAGUGCCAACAAAUCCUGCCUGUUGUAUUGGGAACCUCUGCUGCUCAAAAUCAACAAGGCUCUGGUUCACCAUUUGAAGACUCUGGGGAUUUUAGUGGUGGUUCCUCUUCCAACCUUGACUCAACAGCAGGGAGUCCCGGUAUCGAUGUCCCUGCUGCAAGUCCUUCCCUUAGCUCACUGGCACAGAGCCCAUCAUCAUCAACCGCAGGUACAGGACCUUUCAAUCCUUCUGCUCAGGGCAUUACCAGUCCCACCUUGAUGGACCCAUCCUCUUCUUUGAGUGCACCUUCUGGUGUACUGGGACCAUCCGGGACUCUGGGAACCAAUGCAGAUCCCCUGGCUCCUGGUGUGGCUUUGGCCCCAUCAUCCGCAGGUUUUGGAUCACCCACUUUUGCUGCAAAUGCUCAGCCAGGAGCUGCUGCUUUGGGGCCUUCUGGCUUGGCUGUGCAACAAGGGUCACCUUCUGGUCCUUUUCCUCCUUUGUCACCUGCUGCUGCUUCUCAGGCUGGUGCUCCGUCUGCGGCUAAUCUGAUGGGACCUUCUGCUUUGGGCCCACCUGGCUCUGCUGCCGGUCAGCCAGGAUCACCCUCUGUCGCAAACCAGUUCCUUGCUCCUGCUAGUCCUCAUAUGGCAGGUCCUGCGAUGGCUCCUUCCAUCACAGCAUCCUUUGGGUCAGCUUCCGCCACGAUUCCCACUAUGACUCCUGCUGGUCCACAGGCAGGAGUGGCUCCAUACAACACUGCUGCCUUUGGGUCAGCUUCUGCCAGCAUUCCGACGAGAUCACCAGCAAGUCCCGUUGCCAAUGUGCCAACUGUAGCUCCAGCAAAUGUUCCAACUGUAGCUCCAGCAAACGUUCCAACUGUGGCAAGCCCCCUGGAACCAAACCCCACAGGGUUAGGGACACCAACUGGAUCCGCUGAAGCCAAUGGCAGUCCAAGCCCACCGGCUGCCUCAUCACCAAUUUCGACUCCAGUGGGAGGCGCCCCGGUUACUGUCGGUCAACCUACCUCAUCUUUAACAAGUCCUGCAAGCGCAAGUUCACCAGCACAGAUGCCUUCAAUGCUAAGCCCUACAGUUGUUGUGGAUACCAUGAAUGCACCCUCAAAUUCCAGUCCAGUCAUGGGGACACCAACUACUCCAACAAAUCCGGCACCAGUAUCACAAGAGGGCGACUUAGCUCCUGCAGCCAACCCAGCUCCUUUGGCGCCUUCUGCCACUCCAGCCCCAAGCGACGAGGCAAAUCAAGGGCCAUCCCCUUCUCUUACAUUCACACCAACAACAAACCCAACGGAUCAACCAACAGACAACCCUACUCCGGCACCAACAUUUGCAACAGACGACCCUACAUUUGAGCCCACAGAAAAUCCCACCCCGGCGCCAACAUUUGCACCAACUGAUCAACCAACAGACAACCCAACUCCAGCACCAACUUUUGCCCUUACAGGCAGCCCCACAUUUGAUCCCACCCCUGCACCAACGUUUGAUCCCACACCUGCACCAACAUUUGCACCAAUCAACAGUACUCCAGAACCCACAUUCGCACCAACGGACAAUCCAACAACAGCAACAACAUUCCCCACCACCCCCAACAAUCCAUCAAGUCUGACUGACGUGCCGACAGCCAACCCCAAUCAACUCCCGUCUAUGUCUCCCUCACUCUCACCAUCGUGGCUACCGUCCCUGGAUUCUUCAGAUUCCCCGUCAAGCGCCCCCACUUCAUGUUCAGGGGUACUUGUUGAUACAAGAUCCACAUACUAUGUUUUCUUUGACAGUGACAUCUCUGCACUUACCAAUGACACCCUCAUUUCUGCAUUUGUGAAUGGCUAUGCCAAUAUACCACACCCAUGUUCAGUAAUUCUCAACAGCAUCACAGUUGAAAGUAGAUCUCAGCGAAGAAGGUUACAGGCAUCCCAAACAGUUCUAUUCGGUAUCAACAGCACGCAGCCUUUUGGCAGGAUCUUUCUGGAUGUCACAAUAGAUGCCACAGCAUUCCUUCAAGGCUUCAAUGCUGCCUUCAGUGGAGCAACUGCUUCUGGAAUAGACACUGCCACGUCAUCUCCGUCAGGAAGCCCCAGCAUGAGUCCAAGUGAGUCAUUUUCUCCAAGCAUCAGCCCCACUACUGGGGCACCCACUGCCAGUGUGGCCCCAUCAAUUAUUCCCAGUAUUAAUCCUAGUGCAGGUCCCAGUGCAUCAUCAAGACCAAGCAUUAGCCCAACUGCAAUUCCUUCUACAGCUCCGAGUACAUCAGGAGUGCCAAGUUCCAGCCCAACCUCAACACCUUCCACAUCUCCUAGUACAUCAACAAGCCCAAGCGCCAACCCCACAACAUCGCCUUCUGCAGCACCCAGUACAUCAAAAAGCCCAAGUGUCAUCCCAACUGCAAGCCCUUCCACAGUUCCCAGUGAAUCGUCUCUACCCAGUGGUAUGCCCUCCAUAGUGCCUUCUGCAGCUCCAAGCACAUCAAAAAGCCCCAGUACCAGUCCUAGUGCACAACCUUCCACAAGUCCCAGUUUAUCAACAGGCCCAAGUUCCAACCCCUCUACCAGUCCCUCUACCAGUCCCACAACAGGAACGCCAACAGUUACUCCUGGAAGUCCCUCAUUGGCUCCCACCACUGCAAGUCCCUCCACAACCCCCACUACUUCUCUUCCCACUGUCACCCCAGGUUCUCCCAGUGUCAGUCCCACAACUUCGACUCCCACUGCUGCCCCCACUACUGGAAGCCCUACAGUUACUCCUGGGAGUCCCUCAUUGGCUCCUACCACCGAGAGUCCCACAACGGGAACGCCCACGGUUACUCCUGGAAGUCCCUCAUUGGCUCCCACCACUGCAAGUCCCUCCACAACCCCCACUACUUCUCUUCCCACGUCACCCCAGGUUCUCCCAGUGUCAGUCCCACAACUUCGACUCCUACUGAUGCCCCCACUACUCGAAGCCCUACAGUUACUCCUGGGAGUCCCUCAUUGGCUCCUACUACCGAGAGUCCCACAACGGCCACACCCACGGUUACUCCUGGAAGUCCCUCAUUGGCUCCCACCACGACAAAUCCCUCCACAACCCCACCACAUCUCUCCCCACUGUCACCCCUGGUUCUCCCAGUGUCAGCCCCACAACUUCGACUCCUACCGCUGCCCCCACAUCAGUCAGUCCUACUGUCACUCCUGGGAGUCCCUCAUUGGCUCCUACUACCGAGAGUCCCACAACGGGAACACCACGGUUACUCCUGGAAGUCCCUCAUUGGCUCCCACCACUGCAAGUCCCUCCACAACCCCCACCACUUCUCUUCCCACUGUCACCCCAGGUUCUCCCAGUGUCAGUCCCACAACUUCGACUCCUACUGAUGCCCCCACACUGGAAGCCCUACAGUUACUCCUGGGAGUCCCUCAUUGGCUCCUACCACCGAGAGUCCCACAACGGGAACACCCACGGUUACUCCUGGAAGUCCCUCAUUGGCUCCCACCACUGCAAGUCCCUCCACAACCCCCACUACUUCUCUUCCCACUGUACCCUGGUUCUCCCAGUGUCAGCCCCACAACUUCGACUCCUACCGCUGCCCCCACAUCAGUCAGUCCUACUGUCACUCCUGGGAGUCCCUCAUUGCUCCUACCACCGAGAGUCCCACAACGGAACACCACGGUUACUCCUGGAAGUCCCUCAUUGGCUCCCACCACUGCAAGUCCCUCCACAACCCCACUACUUCUCUUCCCACUGUCACCCCUGGUUCUCCCAGUGUCAGCCCCACAACUUCGACUCCUACCGCUGCCCCCACAUCAUGUCAGCCCCACAACUGUGACUCCCACCGCUGCCCCCACAACAGUCAGUCCUACUGUCACUCCUGGGAGUCCCUCAUUGGAUCCUACCACCGAGAGUCCCACAACAGGCACACCCACUGUUACUCCUGGAAGUCCCUCACUGGCUCCCACUACUGCAAGUCCCGGGAAUGGAUCCCCAACAACGGGGACACCCACCACCGCUCCAUCAGUGUACCUUCAGGUAUUCCAUCCCAGAAUCCAUCAUUUACACCCUCCACAAGUCCUUCUAGUUUCCCAUCUUCUUCUCCGUCGCAACGACCCUCUGUAA